UUGUGGAAGAGAUAAGGAAAACCACUGAACAGAAGACAGCUGACGAGCAGAUGGUGAACAGAACACAAUUUGCUUGACAGUCCAGGACAGGGGGCAGCCAUGGAUGGGUUUUACCCCUCGGCAGGAGGAGCUGGGCAGGACGGGCUCAGUGCCACCAGCUGGGCAGCACAAAGCCACUCCCCGCUGUCCCUGCGGGUGGUGACAGCCGCCUGCCUGUCCCUCCUCAUCCUCACCACGCUGCUGGGGAACGCCCUGGUGUGCCUGGCCGUGCUCAGGUUCCCACACCUGCGCUCCAAGGUCACCAACCUCUUCGUGGUCUCCCUGGCCGUGUCCGACCUGCUGGUGGCCGUGCUGGUGAUGCCCUGGAGAGCUGCCAGCGACGUGCUGGGCUUCUGGCCCUUCGGGGCCUUCUGUGACCUCUGGGUGGCCUUUGACAUCACGUGCUGCACGGCCUCCAUCCUCCACCUGUGCCUCAUCAGCGUCGAGCGCUACUGGGCCAUCGCCGAGCCCUUCCGCCACCAGAGGAGGGUGACACAGCGCCUGGCCUUCGUCACCAUCGCGGUGGCUUGGCUGCUGUCCCUCCUCAUCUCCUUCCUCCCCGUGCAGCUGCAGUGGCACAAGGCCCGGGAGCAGCUGGGGUUUAACGGCUCUGCGGAGGAGGGGAGCUGUGAUCCCAGCCUCAGCAGGACCUACGCCAUCUCCUCGUCCCUCAUCAGCUUCUACAUCCCCGUGGCCAUCAUGCUGGGCACCUACGGGCGCCUCUUCCGCCUGGCCCGGCGCCAGCUCCGUGGGAUCUCCUCCCUGGAGACACCAGUGGGACAGAGCGACCACCCUCGGGAAACCUCCCUGAAAACCUCCCUCAAGAAGGAGGCCAAGGUGCUGCAGACCCUCUCCAUCAUCGUGGGCGUCUUCGUGUGCUGCUGGCUGCCCUUCUUCGUGCUCAACUGCCUGGUGCCCUUCUGCGACCCCGAUCUCCACGUCCCGGGAGCGUCGCCGUGCGUCAGCAGGGCCGUGCUCAGCACCUUCACCUGGCUGGGCUGGGCCAACUCUGCCCUCAACCCCAUCAUCUACGCCUUCAACGCCGAGUUCCGCGCCGCUUUCGCCUCCCUGCUGGGCUGGGGCUGCCUGUGCUGCGGUGGCGCCGUGGAGACAGUGACCUUCAGCAACGAGCUGGUGUCCUUCCACCCUGACACCUCUGGGCUGAGCCUCAGCCCACCCCAGCUGCUGCCCCACGCCGUGCUGCAGGUGGAGAGCCCCGAGGUGGCCUUGGAGAGGGUUUCUCCAGGCUCCUCCCCAUCUCAGAAUGCCCUUCCUGAGUGUGGGACCCCCGUGCAGCUGGGGAGGGUUCCCCCUCCGGCCAGCAGCGCCUUCCAUUGAGCCUGGAUGGGAAAAGAGGGGUGGGAAGGUCUCCAGCAGAGAGGGGAGAGGGGACAUUCCUGUUCUCUGAGGAGCUGAGGAGCUGGCCAAAUCCAGCUGGUCACUGGCCCGGUGGGACUGGGGCUGCCUUGUUUACCUGACUGCAGAAUGUGGCUCCUUUUCUCUGCACAAGCUUCCUCUGUAAUCCCAUCAGGAAGCAUCCUCCUCCUUUUCCUCCUCUUUUCCCUUCUCCCAUCCCAAAGUGGCCUUGGAGAGGGUUUCUCCAGGCUCCUCUCCCCCUCAGAUCCCCCUUCCUGAGUGUGGGACCCCCGUCUGGCUGGGGAGGGU